CUCGGCGGGGGGUGGCCCGCUCCCCGGGGCGGCGGGUGUUGAAGGCCCGGCCGUUGUGCUGAAGGGAUUUAAUUCCUUUUAUCCCCUUUGAGGGGGAUAAUACGGUGGCUGCGCGUGGUGGUUGUCGUCCGAUCCCGUGUAGUGUUCGCCCUACUCUCAGGGAACGGGAUUUGCGUCCUGCAUUCAGGUCGAUUCGGUUUAUAUAAAUGGAAGUGUAUUUUCCAUCCCCGCAGGAGCUGAAGCGGUGAAGUUACGCGGCCCUGAGCUGCUGCGGGCAGGGAAUUUGUCGGUCCUUCAGUAUACCAUGAAGAAGAAGGAAACCUUUCUGCCUGUCAUGGGGACGUGUAUGUAUUCUCUCGCCGCUUAGCGAGAAACAUCAAGUUGUGUUGAAAUCCCGUUCCUGGCAAUAAGCAGCAUGCCUCCGGGGCAAGUGAAAGCAGAAUACAAACUUGAAACUUCACACGUUUUCCCUCCUAACCUCCCUGUAACAUUUACCGUCAUGUACAGCCUGGCUGCCAGUUCUGCUCCUUCCUUCGUUCAUGCUGUGACCUUCCCCACAUCACCUGAUCUCUACAGCUCGUUUGCCCUUUCUGCGAAACAAGGACAAUAUAUUCCACUGGAAGACAUUCUGGAAUUGAAAGAUGAAAUAUUUUGGAACCGCUAAGCCGUAUUAUUGCUGUCAACCAAAAUCUUUUCUUUCCCAGCUCAGCGGUUGCCUAAUCCUGUUAGUCACACUCGGAGGCCUCCCCCUUCUUUAGCAGCUUUAAUCCCCACGGUGUUUUUUGACCAGAGUGAUCUUUGGUCCUGUGUCAGAACACGCAGACCUUCACGGUGUGCUGUCAGCGCUGCUUCUGGGUCUAAUUAUUGUCUUUUAAGGGUUCCCGUCACCCAUGGGGACAGAGCUGUGUCACAGCGAGUGAGAUCCUGGGCAGAGUGUGCCCCCUCCUCAUGAACUGGCAGAAAUGGGUAUAUUUUAUGUCAAGGCUUAGCUGCAAAAAUCACAUUACGUAUGCCCCCAAACCACGCACAGUUGCCCCCAAAGACGUACCGAACCCCUGCUCCAGGCAGAGACGGGCAUGGGGGCAGCGGGGGGGGGUAUCGGCAGCGGAUGGGGCAGAGAGAGCGUCCACAGCGGGCAAGGGGAGACGGAGCGGCGGCGUGGGGUACCCCCGAGGCUGAGAAUCAGGGAAACUGAGGCAGGGGCUCGGUUCCCCGCCGGAUUCGGCACCCCGCCGCCCCGCAAAGCCCCCCGCUCCGGGGAAGGGGAGGGAACGGGGCUUGGGGCAGGCUUAAAGCGGGCGGGAGGAGCGGUGGAACCGCGCCGUCGCAGGGCGCUUGUGCCGCUUUAAGGCGGUGCUGCCGAUCCGGGCUCGGUCAGGCACCGGGAAGAGGAACUGGGCUUUGCACUGCCGGGUCGGGGCGAACGCACCGCCGUGCACCGGGUGGCCCCGGUUCUCUCCCCCCACCACCCCCCCCCUCCCCACUGCCGCCUGCUCCGCGCUCGCUGCAAGGGAGGGAUGGGGCGGGGAGGGAGAGGAGGCGCUGGGGGCGAGCACCGGCCUUUGCACCCCCACCGCAUCCCCUCUGCAGCCCCUCUGCUCCCCGUUGCAUCCCCUUUGCAUCCCCUCCGCUCCUUCCUUCUGCUGCGAGGGGACGUGCUUGCCAGGGCCGCCUGCUUGCAGGGUGCGUGCUUGAAAUAAAAGCCCCACCACCACCCCCACCCGAAGACACCCCCCCCCAUCCCCUGCCCCGAGCCCUCUCCUCUACCAUGAUUUUGCUGAGCAGCUUCUUGCACCUGCGGCCUCGGCGCUGCGGCCCUUUCGCAGGGCUGGGCAGUGGCUCCGGCCCCGCAGCGGGGUCCCGCAGGGCUCUGCGGGUGCUGGUGGACAUGGAUGGGGUGCUGGCCGACUUCGAGGGAGGCUUCCUCAAGAAGUUCAGGGCCAGGUACCCCGACAAACCCUACAUUGCCCUGGAGGACCGGAGGGGCUUCUGGGUGUCGGAGCAAUACGGGCGCCUGGGACCUGAGCUGAGUGAAAAAGCCAUCAGCAUCUGGGAAUCCAAGAACUUCUUCAUCGAGUUGGACCCACUGCCCGGGGCUGUGGAAGCUGUGAAGCAAAUGGCAAAUUUGGCAGACACCGAUGUGUUCAUCUGUACAAGCCCGAUCAAGAAGUACCGCUACUGCCCUUACGAGAAGUACGCCUGGGUGGAGAAGCACUUCGGCCCCGAGUUUCUCGAGCAGAUUGUUUUGACGCGAGAUAAGACGGUGGUUUCUGCUGACCUGCUUAUAGACGACAGACCUGAUAUAACAGGGGCCGAGCAGAACCCCAGCUGGGAGCACGUGCUCUUCACGGCCUGCCACAACAAGCACCUGCAGCUGAAGCCCCCCAGCCGUAGGCUACAGUCCUGGACAGACGACUGGAAGGCCAUUCUGGACAGCAAACGCCUGCCGCCGGGCCAGGCCACCUAAACACCAGCCUCCCACCACUGCCCGGGGCUGCGGCCACCCGCUCUUGUCCCUGUGGAGUCCUGCUGAAGGCUGAAACCACGGAUGGACAGACAGACAGACACUGUCCGUGCUGCGGAGAGGAAGAGGAGGGUGAGCUGAAGCACCAUGGCCACCCAGACCUGGAGAGCGGACCCCAGCCCGGCCAUGCCACAAGGGACCAGCAGCAGGAUUGGCCCCGUGGACUCAGCAGCCCAUCUGGGGAACAUUUCCCCCUGGCUUCUGGGGUCUCUAUGCGGCAUCUGCACCCCCUGCAAGGCCAGCCCGGCAUUUCUGGUGGACGAGGUCACCCUCAGCAUGUCACUGCCCUUGUCUGGUGCACUGCAUGGCACAGAGCCACUCUCCAUCCUCCUCUCUACGUUAUGGUCGGUGGUCAUGCGGGUGGUUUGUUUUGUCCUCGCAGGGCUUCAUACUGAGGGGCUGCCUCGGGGGAUCUUUCCUCCCAGCCGGUGGCUGGGAUCUGGGGAGAGGAGCGGCUGGAAGCGCAGGGGGAGCAGGCGGACGCUGCCCAGGCUCCCUGCACCGGCUCAGCUGUGCUGUUCCUUGCAGCUGAUGCAACGGGACAGCUACGUAGUUCCCUGCAGGAAAAGUCCCUGCAGCGGCAUAUGGGGACAGUACCACUCCUCCUGUGGAUCUGGCCUUGGGGAGAGAGCCCUGAGGCACUGUCACACCCGAGAUGUAGCCGUCCUCCAGCUGGGGGGAGGGAUGCCCGCUUGCUCUCAUCCCUGAGGAACUACCGCAGCUUUAGAGCUGGGGCUUUAGAGCUGAUUUGGGAUGAAGAGAGGGGCUUUCUUCCCACCUCCUCAUCGCUUGUGGGCUGCUCACCUGGGGCAUCUCUGGGGCAGCGAGCAGGUAGUGGCAGUGCCAGCACCAGCCCUUCCUGGGAGCCAGGCAGUUCCUGCAGGAGCUCAUGGCUCACCCUGCCAGCCAGUCAUCAGACGGUGGCUCCUUGGAUUUCAAAGCCAGGAAGGUCUGCACACGCAAGCUGCAUGAUCAGAUCACCCCAUCUCCCUCCUCCUGGUAGUGUCUGACAUCAGCCUGCCAGGAAAGCUCUGGGUGUGCGUCUGCCAGGCACCCUGCUUCCACGCAGAAGGUCCUGGGUGCUGCAUCCCACCAGGGUCAGGCACUGGGACAGUUGAUGCCACAGGGCAUCCUAAAUCCUUCGGUGUGGAGCUGGGUGGAGAAGUGGGGCUGGUGGAGGAGCUACAGCAUCGCUGAGAAGUGGGUAAAACAGAGGCACCAUGGGUGUCCAAAGGGGUUGCGUUGGUGGAGGAUUAUCACGGCUGCAUCCGUGGAUGCUGUUUUCAGUCCUCACAUACCGCAAGGGAAGAAGUUGAGGGGACGUUGCUGUUAAAGGCUGGGGAGCCCAUCAGAGUCACCCACAAGGCUGUAUCACAGGGUUAGUUUGUUCUGCAGCUGCCUGCAGCUCUGCCACUGUCCCGGCUCUGGAUGUCUGGCGAUGGAGUAUGCUGCCAGCCGCCCUCACCUUGUGUCGGGACCCCUGAGGCGAGGUGUUCGGCCACCCCACCGCUACGAAGGGGCUGCAGCAUACGUGGCUGUCUGUGCCAGCCGCCACCGCAAGAUGACUGUGCUGGGGCUGAGCUCUGGGAGCAGCCAGUGCUGCUGGGAAGCUGCAGCUGGGCACCGCAAAGGGAGCGUUUGGACCAAGGGGCAGCUUCAAGAGGGAUGCUUUUUGCACAACUGUACCCACAGCCUCUUCUUCCCCUGCCCGGCUCGUUCCUGCCUUCCCGAGCCCACACCAGCCAGGCCUUGAACUGCAGCGACCCAGCAAGCCGCCGCUGCUGCUGCUGCUCUUCCAUCCAGCCCCAUAGAAGAGACAUCCCAGCUGCUGGGGAGAGCCGGGUGUCCCUUCCCUGCCUACAGCACUGCCAUAAGGCAGACGCGGCCCAGCCGUCCCAAGCGGGAGCCGGUGCUGGGUUUCCCCAAGCAAAGCCCCGGGGAUGCGCCGGCUGCGUCAGGGCCGGCAUGCGUUUGCGUCACUGCUGACAUCGCGGAGGCCGUGCGACCCCCGCUCCCGCCUGCCCCCAUGCCGUCUGGGAUCCCGCUGCGCGCUCCUGCUCUCCCGGCCCGAGGACUUGCUGGCUGCAGGAAUAAAAUUCCCCGCUGGGACACGUAGCCCCACGGGCAGGGGCGGUAGCCGGGGCUUGGCUGGGCUUAGCCACCCCGCGCUGCUUGCUCAUGCCUUUGGCUUGCCUCUCCUCUCUCCUAUGGGCCCCCCAUCAGCAAAAAACUAUGUGAGCUUAAAGCUACAUAGCCAACAAAUAACCUAUUUCAGCAGCAGCAGCUGGCCCCCACUGUGUCCAGGACCUGGAGGGGCUAGUGAAGUCGGUGCUUUCGAACCUGUGCCUUCCCGGGCUGCUGCGGGGCCGGGGAUGAAGGCUGCAUCGUCUUGGGUCUUUCUGAAAGCUACCCCACCUCUCGGGAUGGGGCGCAUGCAUGAAGACGGCACUGUUGGCCCAUGGUGAUGGGAGUUACAUACCACAAGGACCUUUUAUUUUUUUUUUGUUUUGUUUUUUUUUUCCGUCUAAACCACUGUGUGCUUCUCCGGGUGGUGGGUUUGGUAUGAGGGGUGUAUUUGGGAGGGGUGUUUGCAAUGUGCAGCCACCUUAGAUGCAGCCCCCUGGCCAAGAGCUGCCUUGGCCGGGGGUUUGCAGGCGGGGAGCUGGGAAAGCGGGUAAGCUCCGUGGGCAGCUGCUACGGCUGCUGAGCAUCACAUACCCCUCCGCUCUGCCGGAGCCCUGCUGGCUGCUGGCCCCUUCGUGCAGCCGGUGGGGCCUCAUGGGGUCCAAGCUGUUUUUUUUUCCCAGCAGCACCAUUUGAAGGUGAGUUCCCCAAGCCCCCCGGAGCCUUCUCACAGCCCAUCCUCAAGCCAAAACUGGAGCCGGCGUGUCAUUACGGCAGCUGCCCAAACCAGCCAUCUUCCCCUGAGGCUGGGGUGGACCUGAGGGACGUGGCUCUCUGGUGACCAGUGGGUCUUUCCCCCUUGGUGGGAGAUUUGAUACCGGAGAGACCGUGUGGCUUCACGCCAAAUAUACUUGAAAGCAGAGCUGGAGUUUCUCACGCAUGAGGCUCCGACUUGACGCACAGAAACCCCGAGCAGGUAGCUGGCCUGUUUGCACCCGCCGAGCUCGGGGCUGGGAGGUGGCUCUCCGUCGCCCGACAGAUCGACCCUUUCAAUGUUCGAGCCCUUCUGUGGCCAGCUAAGACGCACAAAGCUUUUAUUUUUAAAUGCACAUCUAUAAAGCCGAGGCCAAUGAGGAGCACUGCAAUAAACACUGGGUUUUAUUGG